ACAGCUAUUGAGAACUGGCAGUACCGCACCGCUGAUACAGUAAUAUGGAGCCUGAAUUCUUUUUACUGGUUGUCUUGCUCAGUGUAUUGCUGUUUACUGGCAGUAUAGGACAAGUAGUUAACAGUAGGUAUCAAAUUUCAUUUUUAUUUUUAUUUUCCUCUGCUCAGUUGCCUGUUGCACUUUCUGCAGACCCUGUAUUCAGAUUUCAUCAAAAAGACCACAUUAAUCUUGAUCAUGAAGACGAGGACCUCAGAGGUGAGCAUGACCGUGCUGUGCCUGAACUGGGGUUGGCGUUUGAUGAGGGCAGUCCCGUUCAACCUAAUAAUGACCCACCUUAUGAAGCAGAGAAGCCUCCACAGGGAUCUAGUGUGAACAAUGAGCAGCCAGCUUCACAUCCUCAAAGUGCACAGAGGUUUUUCCAUGCAGCUGUACCAGAUGAGAAUUCCCAGAGUGGCAAUCGACCCCUCACUUUCCCUAGGAAGCUUAGACAAGAGUCUCAAUGGGGAUAUGCAAUGCCUGUCCCUCAGCCUUCACCACACCCUUAUCGUAUCUAUGGUGCGAAUCCUCGGACAAACAGUUAUAGACACGUGAAUAACCAACCACAAGUUUACCCUGGACACCCCUCUGGUCAGUAUAGACCUGUGAGUGAGCAACAGGGAUCCCCUGCUGGCCAUUCAACACACCCCAAGCCAGCCAACGUUCCUGUGGGGCACAAUCAAUGGUUCCAUACAAACUAUGGGCCAGUGGACCACAGGAACCAGAUGAAUGUGCCUCCAAAAGAAGCAGAGCUCAGCAUGAAGCCCAAUCACUGGCCAAGAAGACCCAGUCCAAGAUAUGUUGUCCACUCAAACAAUGGUUAUUUGACAAACCGUUAUUCAAUUUCUAGACUGGCCUAUGAUCCAGAGUAUGGAUUAUGGAAAAGGUGAUGCACCAUGUCCUUGAUGACUUGUAAAGUAUUUAAAGGCAAAUUAAAUGGUUAUUUUUCAG